GCGGUUUUGGUGUAAUAUGGCGAUGGUGGACGGUAAAAGUUUGUUGAAAUUAUCGAAUUCCAAUUGUUUGCAAAGGUUUAUACAUGAAUCCAUCGAUGACAUGAUAGGACGUAAACAAACCAGUUCUGCUCCGUACGGUGGUGACCUCGAGUGGACACCGGGCGAAGCUCAGAAGGCGCGAAGCCUAAUUCAAAAUGUUUAUAAACAAAUGAUCGUCGACGAAGAAUCCUUUCCAAAUAUCUCCGAUUUGAGCGAAAGCGAUGUUAAAGUAAUCAAAGAGUGUUUUGCGAUUCGAAAGGAGGAGAUUUGUCAGUCUGUAGCCAAGGAAAGGUACCUGGCGAUGGGACAACCUUUGGUGGAGAACAUCGAUUGGAAGUUGAAAUGGAUGAUUGGAAGCUCUCAGGUGCCUUGUUUCAGUGAACCACUUCUUCAGGUGGAUCUGCGUUGCACCGACAAGGACAAGAAGGAGAACAACAUCAAUUUCGAGAUGAAUUUGGAGUACGUCGAUCUUCUCAUCAAGGAUUUAGAAUCCGCGAAGAGCAAUUUCCAACUGUGA